AUGGCAGGUCGUGGGGUCGGCAGCAACAAGCAGGUCCUGGGCGCCCAGUCUGGUGGUUCUGGUAGUGCCGAAUCCGAGGGUUUGGCGGGUGGUUUUGGAAGCAGCAAGGCUAACGCCGCCGGCGCUGUGGCCGUGGGCACUUCUGGAGGUCUGAGUGACAAUCACGGAGCAACUGCCGCGGGUGCGGCGAGCUUGGGGUUCCCUGGGAGGAAGAGGAAUGGCCCAGCGGAUGUGCGCCAACGAUCGCCAACCUUCCAUUCGCUCACGGCCGCCAAUGCCGCGGGAGGUCGCAGCGGCUUCGGUGGUCAGGCUGGUCCUGGCGCCGCUACAGGCAUCCAUCCUUCUACGAAGCCUCCGCCGCCGGUGGGAAAUUCUCCGGCCGGUGGCACCAAAUGGUCUUGA